AUGCCCAAGAUCAAAAGCUUUGCGCCGAGCUGGCUCAAUGAGCCGGCUCCCGGCCACAAACUGUUUGACCACACGAGCGAUGGCAACAAGGCUUCUGCAUCCCUCCCGUACGGCAAGAAGGCGAAGCCAGGUCCGCGGCGGACAAUUGCUCGGAGAGGCGCCGAGGUGUUCGUGGCAGUCGGCAAGGAGAUACGAUGGGGCGACCUCGUUCAGCUCAAGGAGUCUUGGGAAGCGAAGCAGACACGGUCUAGCAGCGUUCCUCGCAUCAAGAGAGAAUUUUCAGAUGGCUCAUUUGAGGUUUACGACGAGGAAGCGGCUGGUAAUAGCAGUGUUGGAUACAGAACAAUCAAGACGCCUGUCGCCGAUGACAUCCGCCAGCUUAUCAUGUCCCCAAAUCAGGAUUUUCUCGCCGUCUUGACAAGCCACACUGUGCACGUCUGUAUCCUUCCAGAUGAAACUAUGAGUGCUUCGCACCUGCGCUCCACGGACACCGCGCCCUUCAAACUCAAGUUCUGGACCCUCGGACCAACAACGCACGUUACCUCUCGAUCGGCAGUCGUUUCCGCGAUCUGGCAUCCUUUAGGUGUUAAUGGGACGUGCCUGGUCACUGUUACCGAGGACGCCGUGGUGCGACUGUGGGAGCUGUCCACGGCGGACCGCUGGACCUUUGACGCGCCUACCCUCGCAAUCGAUCUGAAGAGAUUAGCGGAUGGGACUUAUUUGGAUCAGGACUUUGGUGUCUCCCCAUUGGCUACAAACAAGGCCUUUUCGCCAGACUCGUUCGAUAUGGAAGUGGCGGCCGCAUGCUUUCCUGCCAGGGACUCCGGAGGCUGGGCACCAAUGACGUUAUGGCUGGCUAUGGCCGGGGGCAGCGUGUAUGCCCUCUGUCCACUGCUCCCUCAGCGUUGGGCCCCGCCCCCGACCCUCAUCCCGUCUCUGUCAGUUUCCAUCGUUGCCAGGGUCGCCGCAACCGAAGAUAACCCGGAAUCGUCCCCUGAGGCUCGACGCUUGGCCAGACAACAACUUGACUGGAUGUCGGAUCUUGAUAACCAAGAACCGAAGAUCGUGGAAAGCACAACUGGGAAUGUCGAAGUGGAAGUCUACACACGCCCCACCCACCCCGGAACGGUCCCGAAGCUCCAGGGCCCUUUUGAAUUUGAUUUGAAUCCCGAGGACGAGCAGGACGAUGAGGUGGAGCUGAAGGACAUUUAUGUCAUUGGAGAGAAGGCUGAUGUGUCUGAUUUGAUGUUUGGGGAAGAGGAGGAGCUAGAGAUGGGCGACGAUGACCAAAACGGCUUGUCCCUCAACAUCAUCUGUCUCCUCUCCACCAGCGGGCAGGUCAAGAUCUGUCUGGAUAUCGAAGGGGUUGAGGCUCAGUGGCUUCCUCCUCGUCUCAAGACUAGGUCCAACCUAUUCGCUUCAGCGCCUAAAAGUUCGUCCUUGUUAACAUUUCAGACCUUUGAUACCGUCAAGCCCGUCGAGGUGGUAGCCGACAGCUGGCCGAUGUUCAGCGAGGACGUCACUUCCCGCUACUCGUUCUACGUCACUCACUCAGGCGGCAUCACCCUGGUUUCCCUGGCCUCGUGGGUGUUCAGACUUGAAUCCGAACUCCAGGGGGAUUCCGAGGCUGGCGCAGGAUUUCGUAUCGAUUUACUGGCCAAAAGCGCAGGCACAGAGCGGGAGCGAAUUUACACGCAUAGUAAUAGCCAGGCUGCCCUUGCAGCAGCGACAGCCAUCCGUGAUCCGGAUCUCGGCCAUUUCGUUCUAUCCGCCACUUCCAACGACCCGGUCGCACUUUUCUUUGAUACUCCUGAAGUUGAGGUUGAGGUUAGAGAGUCUUCUCUGGCCCUUCCCGAGCCGACAGAACCGUGGCAGUCCGAGGUUGGCUGGGAGCCACGACCUCUUUUCCAUCCUUCGGAAGCUCUGGAACGCAGGAGCGCGCUACCGACAUGGAUGGAGCAUUUGAGGACGGGUAGAAGGCGGACGUUGAUGCCUCAGGAGAUGCGACUCUCGAUGGCCACCCUCGAAGUCUUUACCGAAGGCCAUAAGGUGAUUACCAACGAGGUUCUGGAAGUCAACAGCGCCGUGGCGGAACUGUUCAGGAAAUGCGAGGCCCUUCAGGUUGAACUGGGAGAACAGAUAAAGAAGGUGAACGAAGCCAAGAAGCGAAUUGACAGGAUUACUGGGGACGAUUCGGCAGAUGACGAACCAGUGUCUGAAAACUCGCUUGUCCAGGGCAGACUGCAGGCGGCGCGGCAAAGGCAAGAGGAAUUGGCGAGUAGAAUGGAAGGCCUCAAAAGGAGGAUUGGCAGAAUUACGAGGCGUGAUUUGAGUGACAAGGAAAAGGCAUGGGCAGACGAAGUGCGCAAGCUCGAGAGCAGCAUCCUCCGGUCCGAAGCAGACCAGGCAUCAUCGUCGACUCCUGAGCCGUGGAAACGAUUCGAAGACCUGAAGACGUUACGGGACGCCUUGCUUUCGGAAGCGGAAAAGCUGCAAAGAGCUGAAGAGGGAGCCGAUCAAGGAUCUCCUACCUCGCCGUUGCCUGGCCUCAAGAUACCUGUGGAAAUCCGGAAACAAAAGAUGGCGCAGGUCAUUGGUCUGCUCGAUCGGGAGACGGCACUCGUAGAGGCUGUCAAAGCCCGGGUUGAGAGACUAAGCCUUGGAUAG